AUGGCGUCGUCGAAGGUGUCGUCGUCGUCGCCGGCGCACACGGCGUCGGACCUCGCGCGCUUCGCGGCGGCCGCGGGGAGGCCCGGCGGCGGCAGCGGGAUGGGGUCCAUGAACGUGGAGGAGCUCCUCCGCGGCAUCUACGGCGACAUCCCCGCCACACCGGCGCCCGACCGGCCGACGUCGCCCGUUCCUGCACCGGCGCCGCGUCACGAGCCCGCCGGCGCCGCGCCGCGGACGGCGGUCGAGGUGUGGAAGGAGAUCACCGGCGGGAGCAGUGGCGGCGAGGAGGUCGUUGCCGGGGCCGCCGAGAUGACGCUGGAGGACUUCCUGGCGCGGGAGAGCGACCAAAGGAAGCUGGACGCCGUCGGGAUGCCCAUGCCCGGCCCGUCCGCGGCGCUGGAGGAGCAGGUGGCGCUAACGUUCCAGCUGAACGGGCCGGAGGCCGCGCGCGGCGGCGGGAGGGGGAAGAAGAGGCAGCUGAUGGACCCCAUGGACCGCGCCGCGAUGCAGCGGCAGAAGCGGAUGAUCAAGAACCGCGAGUCGGCGGCGAGGUCGCGAGAGAGGAAGCAGGCGUAUAUAGCCGAGCUCGAGUCGUUGGUCACGCAGCUCGAACAGGAGAACGCCAACCUGUCGAAAGAACAGGAGGAGGCAACCCAGAAACGGCUUAAAGAGCUCAAGGAAAAGGUGACCCCAGUCAUCAUUUCGAAAACACCACCGCAAGAUCUUAGAAGAACAAACUCAAUGGAGUGGUAGACAUGAGCCAACCUCAGUACCCGUCCUCUUACAGUUACAUAGAUUUUGAUAAGUUGUCUGUCAUUCUUGUAUUUAUUGGUGUUAACUUAGUUGUUGUAACUUCACGGAUAUAUACAUAAACAUUUAGGUGACAACUUAAACGGAGACAUAAUGUGUAGAAUGGAGAGUUCAUUAGCAAAAAAAAUGGCAUAUUGAAGCAUC